AUGUUUUUCCGCUCACCACUUCUGUUAGCGCUGCCAAAGGUAGAAAGACGUAAGCGUAAGGGGCAACCAACGCGGCCGGGAUUGCCAGAUCUACCAAAGAGUGCUGGUGGUUACGUAUUCCGGGAACUGCGACCAUAUCUUCCUAUUGCGUGGCAGUAUGGUUGGCGAUGGAAAUUGCUGCAGAGUAUAUGGUUAGGCGCGGGUCUCUCACUUGCUGGAUCUUUAAUGUACGUUAUGUACUUUAGAGACUCUGAAGAAGAUAUCGCCCGCAAGGCGGCAUGCUACACAUAUGUGCGCAAUGAAAAGGGGGAGGUGGUAGAUAUUGGGUAUAAACCGUUGAUUGAUGCCACUCGUCGUGCCCAGCGACGAGCUCAGCGUUUGUUGGAUGAAGAGGAAGAUGAGUGA